UGUCAGCAGACUAAGGUUAGAAAAUCAGAACUUGAAUUUUCACUGUAAUUUAAAUUUCCUCCCCCAGCCUCCUGGCAUGUCACAGGAAUAUAGUUAUUGCCCUACAGAAAUUAUCAUUUUCCUAGCCUGGCAUCCCGUUCCUGGCAGUGAUCUACAGCAGAUGCUCCAGCAGAAGACAAAAACAUUAGGAAGUAAAUGGCAAUGAAAUUCCACGCAGGAAUGUCCUCAUCCCCAUGAGAUGCUUCUUCCACAGCAGGCUCGACCGGUGGGAGGGGUAUGGAUGCUAUAUAGUCUGCUCUUCUGUCAACAUCUACAGCUGCACAGCAAGACACUGGGUAUAUUGUGAACCUGGAAACUUCGGCGUUUUUCUCCUUUUCUGCUGCCUACCUGCUGCCCCAUGAAGGCUGGAGCAGCCGCCCUCUCAGCCGGGGUCCUCGGCGGCACCGGCGUCUUGCUCUUUCUCAUCGCUUUCGGGACGGAUUACUGGCUUCUAGCUACGGAGACCUGCGGCGUCUUCGAGCGUGGGAAUAACACCCUGCGGAGCGGGGAGGCUGAAACGCUGACGGAGGUCAGGAAGGAGAUCCUCACUUUCCAUCACGAGGGCUUCUUCUGGCGGUGCUGGUUCUUUGGCGAGGGCCACCCGGAGACCAUCUGGACCUUCUGGUACACCAGCCAAGCGCACCCCAAGUUCUGCAUGCAUGGCUACCUCUUUCCCAUGCCCAUUGCUCUCGGACCUUUCCCUCACCCUUCCUACGACACGACGGCAGUGUACAGAGGCUUCUGGACGGCGUUCAUCAUGCUGGCCGUCGCUGCCGGGCUGGUGGGAGGGCUGCUGCUGGUGUGUGGUGUGCCCUUCGUCAGCCCCCGGGCCUACAAAGUCGGCGGUGGAUUCCUCCUCGCCUCGGGGGGAUUAUUUCUCCUGCUCAUAUUUCUCUUCGUGGUGUGGAAGGAGUUUGCGGCUGAUUUUCAGAAGUACAUCCUUCUGGAGAGGAGCGAGAAGUGCAUGGACGAUGUGCCCGUGCACGUGUAUUACGGGUGGUCGUUCAUGUUCGCCGCAGCGGGGGUGCCCCUGGUUUUACUUUCCGGACUCCUCUUCUACCUGGUCGGCAGAGACAUUAUGAAGUCCCUGGAGUAAGACAAAUUUGGAGAAAGCCUUGGAGAAAAUUGGUGAUGCUCUUUGUAACGAACCGUACACAAGUCUGAGGACUAGAUGGUUGUUGUAGCUAUAAUGGUCAGCAUAGGUGCAUGAUUACACUCACGCUUACAUGGAGGCAGGGGUGGAGCACUGAGCAUCCAACCACUGUCCGUCCAAAACCAGCCCCAGCUGAACGUCCAGUUUCAGCAUUUCUGCACUUUGGAGAAAUUUAGAUGUAUCUAUGGGUUUUGCAUCAGUUUUCUCUGCGGCCCAAGGAAGAGCCUGCGCUGUGAAAAGCAGCUCCCCCGGCCGUCAGCAGAGCCCCGCAUCCAUAUUCAGCAGAGCUGGACUUUUAUGGCGUUCCCAGCAUCCUUGUUUCUUGUAAAAGGUAAUCGAAUCUGGCUGCGACGGCAUACGGUAUAAUGUCUAUUUCUGUAAAGCAAUUAAGUAUGAUUUUUUUUUUAAGCUGGCUCUAAUUGACGUCAAAGGACCACCAUUUUAAUGGGAUGUCGGGAAACAUGAGAAACAUCUUUUUUUUUUUUUUUUUGUUAAAAGCCCUGAUUCUGAAGAUACAAAUGUACCUGGACCUAACCUAACUUUCAAUAAGUGAAUAAACCGAUUUCUGUGGCAUGAAACGUAACCUGAA